AUGUUUUUUUGGAACUUCCAAAAAUUUAAAAUCAUGAAACAUCUAUUACUGCUCUUAUUGUGUGUUUUUAUAGUGAGGUCCCAGGCUGCCAGUGACCACAAUGAGCCCGUUGUGGAUGCCCGCAGCCAUCGGCCCCUUGACAGGAAGGAAGAUAUUCCCAGCCUGAGACCUGCUCCUGCGCCAAUCAGUGGAGGUGGCUACCGGGCUCGUCCUGCCAAAACAGCUGCCAGCCAGAAGAAAGUGGAGAGAAAGGCCCCAGAUGCCGGGGGCUGUCUUCAUGCUGACCCAGACCUGGGAGUGUUAUGUCCUACAGGAUGUCAGCUGCAAGACACUUUGGUCAGACAGGAAAGACCAAUCAAAAACAGUCUCAAUGAGUUAAACAGUAAUGUGGGGUCUGUCUCCCAGACCUCUUCUCACAACCACGAGUAUAUCACUUUACUAAGAGAAAUGUGGAAACAGAGAGAGAAGCAAAUGAAAGAAAAUGAAAAUGUAAUAAAUGAGUUCUCCUCUGUGCUGGAAAAUCAUCGCUUGUAUAUAGAUGAGACUGUGAAUAGUAAUAUCCCAACUAACCUUCGGGUGCUCCGCUCAAUCCUGGAAACCAUAAGAAGCAAAAUACAAAUAUUAGAAUCUGAUGUGUCAACCCAGAUAGAUUACUGCCGCACACCAUGCACUGUCAGCUGCAACAUCCCCGUGGUGUCUGGAAGAGAAUGCGAGGAAAUUAUCAGGAAUGGAGGCGAAACAUCUGAAAUGUACCUCAUUCAGCCUGACAUAUCCACCAGACCAUACAGAGUGUACUGUGACAUGAACACAGAAAAUGGAGGAUGGACAGUAAUCCAGAACCGCCAAGAUGGCAGUGUUGACUUUGGCCGGAAAUGGGAACCAUAUAAACGAGGAUUUGGAAAUAUUGCAACCAAUGCAGAAGAAAAAAAUUACUGUGGCUUACCAGGUGAGUACUGGCUUGGAAAUGAUAAAAUCAGCCAGCUUACCAACUUGGGCCCCACAGAACUUUUGAUCGAAAUGGAGGACUGGAAAGGUGACAAGGUGAAGGCGCACUACGGAGGCUUCACCGUGCAGAAUGAGGCCAACAAGUACCAGCUCUCCGUGAACAAGUACAAGGGUACAGCCGGCAACGCCCUGAUGGAGGGCGCUUCUCAGCUGGUGGGAGAAAACAGAACGAUGACCAUUCACAACGGCAUGUUCUUCAGCACAUAUGACAGAGACAACGACGGCUGGGUAACUGCAGACCCCAAAAAGCAGUGUUCUAGAGAGGAUGGUGGUGGAUGGUGGUACAACCGGUGCCACGCAGCCAACCCAAACGGCAGGUACUACUGGGGCGGGCAUUACAGCUGGGAUAUGUCCAAACACGGCACAGAUGACGGCCUGGUGUGGAUGAACUGGAAGGGCUCCUGGUUCUCCAUGAAGAAGAUCUCCAUGAAGAUCAGGCCCUUCUUUCCGCAGCAGUAGCCCCC